AGAAAAGUUACAUUUUUACAAACCGUGUUCUUUUGUUCUCUUCUCUAUCUAGGUGGGGUGAUCAGGGAGCUAGUCAUCAAACUGAUGAGAUAAUCUCAAGGAGAAGUGAUUUCACUGCCCAGCCCAGUAAGGAAUAAAUAUCUGAUGAAUGGAUGGAUGGGUGGGUGGGUGGCUGCACAGUGAGGCACUUGCUGUCUACUCUAUAACAAGCCUCUGCUCCCUUGAGAAACAUCAAAUGUCUUGUCACUGGAAAUAUGCAAGCAGAGCGCUUCAUCUUCACGAGACCUCCUAGGUCCCUUCCAAGUCCAUGCAUCUUGUUUGCUGCAAGAAAAAUGUACUAAAUACCUGAAAAUACUAAAAUUGUUUGCUGGUUCAUGAAAUAAGACAUGAACAGAAGUAGGAAGAGCCUGUAGGACCACCCAGUAGAGUUCAUGCAAAAUCCUUGGUCCCCAAUCUCCAUGUUAACAAAAUGAAGCUUUUGUGUUCACAGUUGUACACCUGUGAAGACCUUACAUGGGAGAAAAACAUUACUCCCAUUAAUAUUGCAAGUAGUGUUUGGUUUCAAUUAGGACUUUCUAAUUUUAUUUUUGCUUGGACAGGAAAGUUACUCUGGCCAAUUUAGUAGCUCUGUCUUCCCAUAUAGGAUGGGUGAUGUGGGAAGGGGCUUAGGAAUAUUCAGCGAUGCUGGUGAGCUAGAGAUCCUAGGAUUGGGCUGACACUUUUCACAGAAACCUAACGGAAGGAAGUGGUUCUGGAGCUCGAGAUAGAGGUAUUGGUGCUCUGGGAGCCCUGCUGUAAGGACUCAAGUGCUUGGGGGAUUCAAGAGGCAAGUAACUGAGAAAGGUGGCCUCAUAGUGCUUCUCUCGAGUGGGCCCACAGGCCUCACUCAGUCCAAGGGCUUUGAGCUUCUUUGGGGACCCACAUUGAUGGCGCAAGAACUUCUUGGUUGGCCCUACUCUGAAUAAACAAAGUUUGAGUCUUGUCUUGAUAUCUGUGUCUUAACCCAUCUCCAACUCCCACAGUGACCCCAUUUCACUCAGUGUAUUCAGGGGCAAGUGUCUCCUAAGUGCAGUCAGUGUGCCCAGCUCCCCAGAGGGAACAGUAAAAGAUGGUGGAGGAAGGUCAGAGAAUAUGCUGGGGGUUUGGUCUCCAGGCCUCCAAAGUGAGAACAAGUAGCUGGUAUAAUAGAGCAGAGAGCGUAGAAAUCAUAGUUAGCAUUUGUUGAUCACCCUAUGUCAGGUAUUACAUAGUCCCACCACAGCCCUGGGAAGGGAUUACUAUGAUUUUCACCAUCCCCAUUCUAUAGAAACAAGGUUCAGAGAUAAAGUCAUAAGUUGGUGGCAGCUAGUAAGUGGGCAGAGCUCAGGCCACCAAUCUGGGCUCCCUUGUUUACUGAACUACCCUUUUAUUUUAUUUUAUUUAUUUUUAAAAUAUAUUUUAUUGAUUUUUUACAGAGAGGAAGGGAGAGGGAUAGAGAGUUAGAAACAUCGAUGAGAGAGAAACAUCAAUCAGCUGCCUCCUGCACACCCCCCACUGGGGAUGUGCCUGCAACCAAGGUACAUGCCCUUGACUGGAAUUGAACCCAGGACCCUCGAGUCCGCAGGCCAGCGCUCUAUCCACUGAGCCAAACCGGUCAGGGCUGAACUACCCUUUUAGGUCGUUAGGUUACAGGGCUGCUUGCGGAGAACAAAAACCUGGAUCUGUUCUGGCUACUUGUGGCCAAGAAAGCAGCCCUUGCCUCAAUUUCCCCAAAUUGAUCUUUGCACAGGAUUUUCUUUCUCCAGCAGGAAUCCCUUCUCCAGCAUUCUUGCUCCCUUUCCAGUUUCCCAAGGGCCAGGAAGCCCUCCCCCACCCCUUCCUCAGCCACCUCACUUCCCAGCACAGAAGGUCUUCUGGGCCACUGGCUGAGAGUCAAGCUGAGAAGCAACUGCUUGGAAGGCAGGGCAGGAGGGGCCCAGAGCCCUCCCUCCACUCCCCCUUAUCCCCAACCCCAAUCCAGGCAGCUGGGGCUUCAUGCUGCCUGGGGUCUGGGACAGCUCAGGGGGGCUGUAAAUUUGCUUCUCCUUGGAUUUUCAAUCUGGAUUGGCUGCCAGGAAGAUUUCAUGGAACCGAGCCUGUCUCCACCCCCGCCAUCCUCUGGUCACAACCGUCGCUCUUCAGAUCCUGCCUCAGUGGCUGUCUUCACGGGAAGUGGAGCGAGGCCUCUCAAGCUCCCAGGAUCCCAGAGCUAGGUUGUCCAGGCAUGGCUCUGGCAAGCACUCUGCGGAUGAAAGGCUUACUUCCCUCUCUGUGUCAAUCUCUGGCUGAGGUGUCUGGAGUGGAGGGACCACAUAAUGCAAGCCACAUAGAAGUGAUAGCCUUAAACAGGAAACAUGUUCAGUGCCUCAUGAGUACCAACGUGAACAAGGUCUGUCAGACACUGUCCUUCGCUCUCUGCUCUGAUGCACAGGGCACCUGUGCUGCAUGACUCCAGAGAGUACCGUUUCCAUCAGAGUCUAUGAAUGGCUCCCCCUGGAGUUGUGCAGUGCUCAGCCUUGACAGUUGUACAUGGUGGCCCUGCCAGUGAGAGACCUGAGACAUACACAGAUGGCAGCACAGAGGAAGGAGACAACUUCCUGCUGGGGGACAGGGAAGGUUUCAAGAGGAGGUAAUGCUUGGGUUUGGUCUUUGAAGAACGGGCGAGAGUGUGGGCAGGUGAUCAGGCGGAGGGCAUAGGUUGAGCAAAGGGCAGGAAGCUGAAAAUCAUCUAACUGUGCUGUGUGUUGAACAAAGUGGGAGAUUAGGCUGGAGGGUAGUUGGAUGGCAGAACACAGAGGGUCUUACUUCGGAGGCAACCAAGAGCCAUUGCAGAUUCCUGCUCAGGGGAGUGACUCAAAUGAGGCUAUUCCAUAAGAAAGGCAGUCUAAUGGCAGGGUUGGGGGUAACUGGAGGGGUCAGUGAGGAGCCUGCAGUGGUCCUGGGACUGAGUCAGCACCAUGCCAGAGGAAUAGAAGCAGGAAGAUGGAGGGGGUGCUGGGCAGGAGAUGGUGAAUGGGGAAUGUUGGAGGGAGAGCCCCAGGUAGCUUCCUGUCUUCUUCCUUAUCCUCAGGGUAUCCUGAUGAAGACAGAUAGGUGGACCCUGCUGGGCAGUACCCAAGAACACCUGGGUUGAAGUUGUCCUUUGAACCAGCCUCUGCCCGCCUAGCAGAAUUCCACAGUUUAGGGAUUGGGUGUGGGGUGGACCAAGAUCCUCUCCUCUACCCUCUCUCCCAAGCUGCUAUCAUAGCUUUCUCUUUGGAAGCCACAGAGGAUGAGCCAGCACCACCUCUGUCCAGAAGGCCCAGCACCUGUGCUCAUGACCCAUCUUCCUUCCUUUCUUGAAGGAUGUCCUGCCUCGCUGCUCCUGCUGUCCUUGCUGCUGCUUCCCCUGGGCCUCCCAGUCUCGGGCGCCCCCCCACGCCUCAUCUGUGACAGCCGCGUCCUGGAGCGGUACAUCCUGGAGGCCCGGGAGGCUGAGAAUGUCACGGUGGAGCAGCAGGCCUUGGAAGUGUGGCAGGGCCUGGCUCUGCUCUCAGAAGCCAUCCUGCGCGGCCAGGCCCUGUUGGCCAACUCCUCCCAGACAUCUGAGCCCCUGCAGCUACAUGUGGACAAAGCCAUCAGCGGCCUGCGCAGCCUCACCUCUCUGCUUCGGGCACUGGGAAGCCAGAAGGAAGCCAUCUCCCUUCCAGAUGCAACGGCCCCUGCUAUUCCACUCCGAACAUUCACUGUUGAUACUUUGUGCAAAUUUUUCCGAAUCUACUCCAAUUUCCUGCGGGGAAAGCUGAAGCUGUACACAGGGGAGGCCUGCAGGAGAGGGGACAGGUGAUCAGAUGCUCCCACCCUGGGCACAUCCACCGCCUUGCUCACCACUACUGCCCAUGCCACGUCUCCCACACCACCACUCCCGACCCCCGUCGGGGGCUGUCAGCUUAGCACCAGCCCGUCCCAAGGACACUCCAGGACCAGCGGUGACAUCUUAGGGGCCAGAGGAACUGUCCAGAGUUCAACUCAGAUCUAAGUAUGUCACGGGGCCAGUCUGAGGCCCCGAAGCAGGAAAAAUUCAGAGGAGAUCAGCUUAAACUUGGGACGGUGCCAUGCUGCAGAGACACCAAACUCAUCUCCAUGCCCUGCAGAACUGUGAUGCCAGGACCAGCUGGAGGGCAAAUGCCUCUUUUUGCACCUACCAAGCAGGGAUAGGAUGGACUGGAGAAUUUAGGUGGCAAGACAUGAAUUCUCUAGGUCUCCAUGGGGGACGCCAUGACAGCAAGACCCCCUGGAUAAUGAAGGUGGUGGGAGCCAUGAGGAUGGGAUGGGGGCUGGCCCCUGGCUUUGUAUGUUUUUGUGUGUUUUUCAAUCUCACUGGCAAGAAAUGAAACCAUAACAUGGCUCUUGGCUUUUCUAUUUUCCUGGGAGCCCACUGCUUCCCUGGCUCUUCCCCCUCUCUUUCUCCCUCCGCCACCCCCCCAUCAUGGCAGCAGGCAGCGGGCCUGGGAAAUCAGAGGUGGAGGGAGCCGGGUCCUACGUGCUGCCUUGCAUGGCCUAUCUGACCUCUUGACCCACUGGGCGUAAGGCCACAAGCUCUGCCCACACUGGUCAAUAAGGUGGUUCCAUUCAAGGCUAUUCCUCUGUAGGCAGCUACCGACGCUGACUCUGCCUCUUCUUCUCUGUGGCCCCUUCAGCUAAUGCCACAUUCCCAGCAUCAGCCUUUGCCACCUCAGUGCACCAACCCCCUUUAUAUCCAGCCGACCUCUUUCCUUGCCUGGGGAUGGUCAUCGUAAAUAUUCUGCCCCUGGACUUGCAGAAGGGGCGGCAGACCGCAGUGCCGAAGCUGCUUUCCCAGACAGCCGGCUCACUGAGCACCCCUCGGUGCCUGUGGCUGCUCUCGGUAGCUCACUUCUGUGACCUCAUUUAUCCCUCACACAGCCGCCUGAGAAAGCUACUGCCGUCAUUCCCAUUGUACAGAAAAACAAGUAACUUGCCCAAGACCACGCGACAGGAAUCCCCCCAGCACUCACCCUUCCCUCUUCUGCUUAUUCCUUCCCCGCAAUCCCCACCUGCUCCUUGCUCCUCUGGGACUGGGGACACGGGACAAACUAAUUCAACCCUCGUUCCCGAUUCCUACUUCUUAUCUAACCCUUUACUCUGACAGCCAAUUUCAAAUUCCUUCCCAGAAAUAAUGCUCCCAGGGGAAAGGCAGUGCCCAAGACAGACCUGUGCAGACAGCAAACGAUGUCACAAACUGUACCUGGACUCCCAUCCUGGCCAUUAUGGUACGCUAGAGGCCCGGUGCACGAAAUUGGUGCAAGGGUAGGCCUUCCUUCCCUUGGCUGCCGGCACCGGCUUCCCUCUGGCACCCGGGACCCAGGCUUCCCUUCAGCUACUGGCAGGCACCCAGGACCCGGGCUUCCCUUGCAGCCCGAGCUUUGGCUUUGUCCGGAAGGUCGACGUCUGGUCUAAUUAGCAUAUUAAACUUUUAUUAUAGAUAUGGCAAUGAGUCUCUCUGCUUUUAUAGCAAAACUUAGGGAAAUCAGCCUUUUCUCCCGAAAAUAUGCAAAAAGGAGAGGAUGUUUGCAAUUUUCAACAGGAAAAAAUUAUGGGCAGGUUGGGGUAGUUGUAGGGUAUUUGCCAAUGAUGUGUUGCAGGGAGGGAGAAGCUAUGGUGGGGAGAUGCAGCCAAGGGGUGGACUGCAGGCGAAUUUUCACCCUGGCUAACCCAACUCCUGGCCUACAGUGCCCUCUUCAGGCCCUAUUAGGAAAUGCUAGAGAAAUCUGUAAGCAAUUAGCAUCCUUACAGUUCUGACCUCACACAUUUCAAUAAAAAUUUACAUUGUGGAUUCCACAUGUGGCAUCUGGUUCUUGACCCACUGCUGUGAAUCAGUAAGGGAGGAAUCUAUCUUUCUUGAUGAUGGAAUUGGAGCUAAGAGAUUUGUUCUGAAGCCCAAGAAAUCUAGCUAAUAAAUGACAGGACUGAACUUGAGAUUUAGGAAUCCUAAUUCCAAAGCUUUGUCCACCCCUUUUCAGCCUGACUUACUGCCUAUUCCUACCCUGGCUCUUUUGUCCCAAGAAUUCAGGGCCACUGACCCUCGACUUCUCUUCAGACUUCUUACUGCUUUCAAUUAAACAAAAGAAGUAGAAUGGUACCUGAACUAGAUGACCUGGGCCACAUAUACUGGGAAAGCAAGUAUGUUAAGAACAUUAAAACAUAAUUCACUUGCCCUGGCCAGUUUGGCUUAGAGCAAGCAUGUCAAGCUUGUGGCCGGCGGGCCACAUGCCUAAUGAGGCAUGCACCUGCUGGCUGCGAGUUUGACAUGCUUGGUUAGAGGUGAGAGCGGCGGCCCACAGACCAAAGGGUCGUGGGUUCAAUUCCCAGUCAAGAUCAUCA